AUGGCUGCCGCAGGCCAGGCGGCCAUCGGUGCGAGCCCGGAGCCCCCGGUCUCCGGGAGCGCCGUCAAGGUCCCCUACACGCAGGACCCCGGCGCCGGUGCGGCCCCCGACAUCCAGGAGUGUGACAUCGAGUGCGAUGAGAUGCCCGCCAAGGUCCUGAGCAACAUCCACUCGGCCGUCAUGGAGCGAGUCACCUCCCUGGAGCCGCCAGUCCGCGAGCCGCCGUUGGUGCACUUCCUGCCUGACUAUCCGGAGGAGGAGGCUCCCACCGACAGUGCCAGUGUUCUAAUGCGGCAGUGGCAUUGCCACAUGCCGCUCAGGGGCGCCCUGCCGGAUUUGCACCCCCUCACCCGGUCCCCUGUGCCCUUGUCCAGCCUCGGCUUCUUCCCGGCGGAGGCCGAUCUUGGGGGUGCGUCCACGGAGGGCCCGCCGGAGUUGCCCCGCGCCCGGCCCUCCGACAAGGGCGACUUGUAUUCCUUCUCACAGGCAUGCCAGCUGGGUAUUGUAACCAUGCGCAUGCCCCUGGAGGAUGGCCUGACCGAGGAGGAUGUGGCAGUCUUGCUGCAUGACCGGCAGUUGGUUGUCAUGGUGAGUGAUUCGCCCGUUGUCUUCGGCACGCUCUUCGCCUCUAUUCACCCGCGCAACUCCUGCUGGUCGGUAUGCUGCUCCCUGGAUGGCGCGGUGCUCCUGGUGGAGCUGUGCACCGUUCGGUCGAUCUCCUGGCCGGUCCUCCUGACCCCGGGCCCCAACAAUGCGAUGGAUGCCCACUCGCGAUAUCUCCUGGCCCUUACCCAAACCGGCCCCGAGGCUCGACUGUCCAUGCUCGCGGCAGCCAAGAUGGCCCAUGCCAAGGCCAUCCGCGUCUUCCUCUUAUCCUUCCCCACCGCGCACAAUCGGGAAAUGUCUGCCCGUGAGUUCUGGGACUAUUGGGCGGUCCUGUCGGUCGCGGUCGAGGGGGGCUGCGAUAAAGCCUGCCUGACAAUGGCCCUGCUGUACCUGCAGGGCCACACACACAUGUCGCCAAGUCCUCGCUACGCUCUGGCCCUGUUGGAGGCCUACACGGAUCGGGUGCCGCGGGUCACCAUGCCAGACGGUACCACACAGCCACUUUACCACCUGCCCACCACGGCCACCAACCUCAUGGCACUGGCACACUUCUUGGCCGGGGCCAUCCAUGAGGCUGGGGUGGACGGCCCGCGGAAUGUCAGCGAGGCGGCCGGGCAUUUCAUCCGGGCCACAAUGCAUUUCCUCACUCCGGAAUUCCACAAUAUAUGCUUUCACAUCCUCACGCAUAUGAAGGGGACCGACAGGCGGCUGCUUUUCCUGCUCAUGUGGUUCGUGAGUGCCUCGCCGGAAGACGACGUCUGGAUGUAUCUCAAGAAAAUGCCCAUCGGGGCGCCCCUGGCCGCGGCCUGCCUGCUGUUGCCAUGCCCAUCCCGUCUACGAGCUGCACUACAGGAGGGUGUUCUGGACCGGGUGGCCGCCGAGGCGGCCCAUCUUCCCGACACCUUUGCUCGCCAGAUGUCGCCGACGCUUCUUCAAGUGGCAUCAAGCUUGCUCAGCAAUGCGGUCUUCCCGAUUGUCGAGCAUGAGCCCCGGCUAGUGGGGCUGUCUUUCUUCCUUACCCGCGUGGAGGAUGACCAGUCCAGGAAGACAUCCUGGUGGUCCAUGCCAAUGGUGCUGCCGGCGCUCGGGCUAAGCGCAGCGGCCCUGGCCACCGGGGUGCUGAUUGCCCUAAAUAAUCGCCGAUGAGGCUUGAGCCCGUCCGGCGCCCGGUUGUGUCAUACCCUGUGUGCUAGUAUGCUGUCUUUCCGGGCCCGGGCCUGAUGCGCGUGUUGCAUCACAGCUGCAGAGUCCGUGCGAUCUAACUCGGGGGGGG